AUGGGAGAAACCAAUCGGUGUGUGGAGUGGAGUGGAGGUGAAUCGGUGGUCUGGUUUCCAGUGCUGGUCAUCAUUCUGCUGGGCCUCCUGGCAGCAAUGGGAGUGUUUGUGCUGCGAAGAAAGCCCACGUUGCUCAGAGCCAUUUCAGUGAAGAAAUUCCCGGAUCAUUUCUCCCGCUUGAGCCGUGAUGAGAAUCGAGAGUUCUUAGUAGAAUAUUUGCAAUUUAGCACUGUAGGAGCAGACCUAACUCAACAUGAAGCAACUCUUCCAGACAACAAGAGCAAAAACAGAUUCACUGAUAUACUGCCAUAUGACUGUUCUCGUGUGAAGCUCAGUAGACGUGGCCAGAACUCAGACUACAUCAACGCCAACUUCAUACCCGGCUAUGGGGGUAAGAAGAUGGAAUACAUUGCGGCUCAAGGUCCACUCAGCUCCACCGUCAGUGACUUCUGGAGAAUGAUCUGGGAGCAAAAGUCUGAGCGGAUUGUCAUGGUAACCAACUGUGUAGAGAGUGGAAAGGCUAAGUGCGACCAGUAUUGGCCUUCUUCUCAAUGUUACUAUGGCGACCUUCUCAUUACCAUGACAUCAGAGCGUAAAGACACCAACUGGACCAUCCGGGAAUUGAUUGUAAAAAAGGAGGCCAAAUCCGAGGAAAGGCGGGUUAAACAUUUCCACUUCACCGCCUGGCCGGACCAUGGUGUUCCUAACGGAACCGAGGAACUGAUCCAGUUCCGUGGACUCAUUCGGCAACACAUUGACAGUUCUCCAUCCUCAGGGCACACAGUUGUGCACUCCAGUGCUGGAGUUGGCAGAACAGGCACUCUGAUAGCCCUGGAUGUGCUGCUACAGCAGAUGGAGAGAGAGCAAGCCGUGGACAUUGCAGGGUUUGUCCAUCGCAUGAGACGCCAUCGACCCCGCAUGGUGCAAACAGAGUCCCAAUACAUAUUUCUGCACCAAUGCAUCAAGGACUUUUUGACACAAAAGAAACCAGAGGAGCCGUUAUAUGUUAACACAUGGGAGGAACCAUUUGGUCUCUGGACUGAAGCAGAGGUGAAUGUGACAGGUAUAGGGUCUCAGUUAGUAUGGAGAACAGAUGUUAAGAUAGCUGGACUUGAGCCCUCUCAGACCUACAAAGUCAGCGUCACAUCACUUUCUGGAGCUUUAAGGGGUCCAACUCAGUGGAUCAGCUGUCACACAACAAGUGCAACGGUGAUCUGGGUACCAGAGCUUGUCAUCAUGCUGCUGGGUCUCCUGACUUCAAUGGGAUCUUUUUAA